AUGAAAUCAACGAAUAAUAAUUGCCACAGAACAAACGCAACUACAACCAUAAUCGAUCCAUUGAAUAUGAUUCAAUUCAUUAUUAAAACUGGUCCAAACGUCAAAAAUGUUUGUCAUCAAAUUGCUGAAUUCGAUUAUCAAUCAAUUCUUUCGUUAUAUCUUUAA